CUCACACAACAACUUCACUGAUCCACUCCGCCGCUCUUUCCUUUCUUCGCAACUUGCCGUUGUAAUUUAAUGUAUUUUCUUUUUGUUUUCUAAUUAAAAAUAUAUUAUUUUGCUCUUUCUAAUCAGAAUGGUUGAUUUGUUUUCCUGCCACGUGUCAUACAUCAGUCGAAGAACUGGAAACUAGAGCAUAUAAUAAUAACUGUAGUGGAUCUGAACUCAAACUCUGCAAUCCACUGCUCCAUCUUUCUCGCGGCGUUAAACCGCCUUCUACCCUUAAACCCUUCCUUUUUUCUUCACACUCACCACUCAUAACCGUCAACACCACUAUUUCCACCGGAACACCAUCUACCACCAUAUUUUCUUCCCAUUAAACGCUCACACUCGCCGCUUUCUCUUCAUCAAACACAAACCAAACACUAUCACAAAACUUUCUCAUGGAUUUCGACUACGACGACGACGACCUAAAACCACCGGUUACCACUUCACGACGAUUCGCGCCAAAAGCAUCAAAACUUAAACCUAAAAAAGAACCUCAACUCGUCCCCAAACCCGAACCACCUUCCACCAAAACAGAACCACAAGAAAUUGAUUUAACUGUUAAACAGAACGAAGUAGAACAUACCAAGUCUGAACCUAAUGGCACUGAAUCAUCAUCCAACUUUGAAGCUAGAGAGGAUGAUUCAAGGACUGUUGUUUCCACAGAUGUAGAAAUGACUGAAGCUGUACAGGAUUUCAAUCAUGAAGUCGUUCCAAUGGAUGAAGAAGACACAGUUGUUCGCGAAAUUGAUGUGUAUUUUUCGCCUUCUAUUGAUGAUGAAACUAAGUUGUAUGUUAUGCAAUAUCCUUUGAGACCUUCAUGGCGACCGUAUGAACUCGAGGAGAAUUGCGAAGAGAUUAGGUUGAAACCUAAAACUUCAGAGGUGCAGGUUGAUUUAUCUGUUGAUUUGGAGUCAAGUAAUAUUGAUAGAGACAAUGCCAAUGGACUCAAUUAUACCAAGCAGACUCUAUCAACUACGUGGAAACCACCUCCUGCUAAUGGCUGUGCUGUUGGGCUUCUUAUGGGAGAUAAGUUGCACCUUCAUCCAGUUCAUGCAGUUGUGCAGCUCCGACCAUCACGACAUUAUCUUGAUUCUGGGAAGGUUGCUACGUCAAAGACGCAGAAUAAGCAGACGGAGCCUUCUUCUUCUUCUUCAAUUGAGGAAAAGAGUGAUGGUGAUGAGGGCUGGGUUCCUCUCAAGUACCAUGGUUGCAAGGAUGAUAUCUCAUCUAGAUAUUUUCAGCAAAUGGUGGCACACAAAAGUUCUCCCAUAAACUUUGAAAUGAGCACGUAUGACUACAUUGGUACAAUCUGUCCUGGAGGGAGCAGCAAUGCUUUAGCUAAAGGUCCUUCUAAACGGUAUCUCCUAUCAUUGCCGGUGGAAAAGCGUCUACAGACAUUUCUUAUUCAGGGCCUUCCACUUCAUCGUUUUAGUGCUAUCAAGCACUUUGCUCCUGAAUACUCCGAUGACGAGCUGCUCAGUUUUCUGCAGAACCAUGCACUAUUGCUGCGUGGAUACUGGGUCCCAAAAGGUAAAUUGCUGUAUCCUGAGGGCGGUAUAGAAUUACUGGCAAGAAAUUUUGUCCUCGUAUCGUUUAACAAGAGUUUGAGAGUUCAGUCAGGUGAACUGAGAAAGCUCGGUGGCGAGCUUGCUAAUCGUGUGAAAUACUUUCUGAUGCAAUUUGCUUUGGAAAAACUUGAUCUAAAAGAAAGAGAAAUGUAUUGGAAGUUCAAAGAGCUACCAGAUGAGUCCUUUAUAAAAGAUUUUCCAAUUGUUGUUAAACAACAAGAAGAAAUUUAUAAGAUUUUGGAACGAGAGGUAUCUGGUUUUGUUAGUGUUGCUGGAAAACAAAAACAAAAAUCAAUUAAAAAUGCUGUAACAACUAGUGGUGUCAACAGUGCUCUUGUUAGAUCAACAAAUUCUGAUCCGCCGGCAACAAGUUUGGGUGAAGAUCCUCCUCCUAGGAAUAUGACCAUGUCAAGUGAAACUCGUCAUGCUCUGCCAAUUGCCCUCAAGAAACUUUUUCAGACUCACAAAGUUUGCAGCUUCCAGUUGAUAUGCCAAGAAUUGCGUGGAUUGGCACUUGCCAAAACAAUGCUUCCAAAAGGAGGUUCUAAAAUUGAUGUGGAUGCAGCUAAUAGUCUUGACGUUCCACAAGACGAGCUGAAGGCUGUCUUGGGUGAAGUUGCAUGCGAUAUCCAUGGUUGUUUUGUGUUAAAAUCAUCGAAAGAUGAUCUAUUCAGAGAUGUUGUAAUUGAUAUGCUUCGUGGAAGUGGACCCAAUGGCAAGCUAAGGAAGGCUGAGAUACUUGAAGCUGCAAGGAGAAAACUCGGUAGGGAUGUCCCUAACACUGAAUAUAUCAAGGCCGUGAGUGAGUUAUGCAUCUCAAAAGGUUCGUAUUGGGUCUUGAAAAGCGGAGAUGGAAGUAAGCAAUGAUCCAAGGGCCAGCUGAUUGGUUCAGCAGAAUUUUUAUUAUCCUGCUAACACUUUUUUUUUUUCCUUUUAAUUAACUGAAUUAUCGAGAAUCAUACUUGGUGCUUCUUUUGCUUGCGAUUAAGAGAGGUAUAGUUAUUGGUAAUAGAUUUCACACUCAAAUAUACGUGCAUCUUAUUCAAAUUUUCAACUACAACUGGGUUUAUAAAAUAUCUGCAGAAUGUUUUUGAACCUUGAUAA